AUGCCACCAGAUCCUGUCGAUACUUCGACCCCGUUUCCAUUUCCGUUGACCGAUGUUGAUCGAUCGAUCCUGGCGAUGACCGAUGACCAAUUCCAUCCACACACAUGGGAAGAACUCAAACAGAUCAUUGCUGAGCACAAUCUCAGCGUCCUCAAGAGACGGCCCUCCGACUUGAGGCGCUACAUCAAAUGGUCCGCGGAGACGAGGGCGACGUAUGGGAGUGUCCCCAAUUUCGUCAUGACAGAAAGACUCAAGUGGACGCCCUUGCCAGCCUCAAGUCCCGAGACUGGGCCUCAGUUCGCCGUUAAAGAUCCAGCCCCCUUUGCGCAUCCGGACGACUACAAGAUCUUGCUUAAUGACUGGCCUUAUGGGCUUGCCCCGGGCAUUAGACAUCUCAUUAUCUGGCUAAAGACCAGGCUAGAGUCGGAGCCAACAAGAGGCGACAUGACACCCAAAUCCCGACAACAGGUCGAGGACUUUGUCCAGAGAACAUUCGUGGAUGGAGUCAAAACUCUUCCUGGUGAGCCAGAAAAAGUCAUGUGGUUCAAGAACUGGAGGGCCUUGCAGUCCGUCCCAGGGAUGGAGCACGUUCAUGUUCUUGUCAGGGACGUUCCUGAGGACAUCAUUCGUGAAUGGACCGACGGCGUCCGACCUCUUAUUGAGCAUGAAUCAUAG